AGUGUCAAGAAGAAAAAACGACACAAAAACUUCACUUUGUGGAUUUCGCGGAACGAAAAAAAAAGAUAGGCAAGAAUAUUAUUCAAUCUUAUUUUAUCGUAGUUUGCCUAUCCGAUAGCACAAAAAGUUGCCCUCUCACGAUUCUAUUCCCGUAAAUAGUAUUCGUCCUGCAAGAACUUAGUAUUUAUAGAAUUUAGUUCCUCCGGGAAAGUUUAUUUUGGUGCGUAGGUACAUCAGCAGAGGGGAAAAGUGCAGAAGAAAGAAAAAUGGCUCGCUCAGCAAGUCCUGGUGGUUAUUCCAACUACGAGGACGAUUCAUUGUUCCAGAAUGCGAUUUUCACGCACGACAUCAGCGAACAGAUGCGGGUCCCGAAGCGGAUUCGUGCUACCGGAGAUUACUUCGACGACCACGAGCUUCUAUCGAACGGCAAUGGAGAAAUCAACUCCUGGAACUACCACGACAAGAUCGAAAUGAACGUCCCUGAGAGGAUCGUCGUGCUUGGCCAGGAUCAGCAUUUGGUUCUUACGUCAGGCACUAAAUCUGCACCCCGUGAGAUCAUGCUGGAAAAUUCGAUUCUGCCCAAAGAUCCGGGCUUUGUGCGUGUCUCAACGCCGCCGAGGGUAAUUUCGCUAGCGGAGCACCACUUUCCGUCGGCUGCGGAACGUUCGCACGAAGACGGCGACGGAAAGGAACUGAACGAGCAACAAUAUGACGACUACGAGCCGCGCUCGUUGGAUUCGAUUGAGGAAGUCAAUGGCAGCAUGCACGUAGGAAACAAACAACGUUACGCCCAGGACAACCGCGGAGCCACGGGAGGAGAACUGGUAAAGAGGGCAACGUUUUCCAAGCACAAUUCCGAGCUCGUGGUCGGAAGAAGCUUCCGAGAUGAAACACCAACAUUCGGAGGAAGCGUCGAAAACCUAACACCAACCGAAGAGAUGACCAACUUGCGCCGCCAGGUGGCCAAAAUGAAUCGCCGACUGCUUUCGAUCGAGCUGGACAACAUGCAACGGCAGCAGCGCGAAAAGAUCAUCUAUUGCGUCGGAUUGGCUUAUCUGCUGCUGAAAACCUUCAUGUGGCUUAGUCGGAAGUAGAGAGGGAAACUUUAAGUUCAUCCCUUCCCAAAGAUUCGCUUCCUAUGAAGGCAACAAAAAAAAAACAAAUGACCGACGCCGUUAGGAAUCAGAAUCGAACACAUGGACUAAACAAACCAUUCAAAUAUUGUAAUAAUAGUAACAUAAGGGUCAAGCACGGAUGAAAAGCACAUGUUGAAGAUUUUCCCUUAAACGCAUGUACGGUGUAAGUGGAAGCACUCGAAGAGCGCAGCGCAAACCAAAAUAGACCAAUACAGGUUAUUGCAAUAGUCACUGAAGGUACAAUGUUAUUUAAGAAAGGGUAUUUUUGGUUCUGGACUUUUCUAAAAUGCCAUUCAAAAUUUAUUCUGACGGCUGCGACAUUGUCUAUUAGACUGGUAUUCUUAUAAUUAUUUCAUUUUUUUAAUUUCUAUUCAUUCGAUUUGUAACAUAGCGGUUAUAAAAACUUUUAAUGUUUAGAAAACCAUUCAUUGAUGUAAAGUUGUUUUAACUACAAAACAAACAAAAAAACUUGUUUUCGAGUGAAAGCUUAUUUUGUUCUUGAAAGGAUUUGGUGGGAAAACCAUGAACCGAUUUAAUGCCCUCGGUUGAAAUAGUAUGACUAUGAGCAAACAGGCUUAUGAGUUAGAAGAUAAAUUUUCCCGCCCUCUCGAAAUGUGUAAGUGGAAAUACAACUUUAGUCAUGUUAUAAAUAAGAAUAAUAAAGUUAAAUAUUAACUAUC